GCGAGCCCGUGCCAGGCGCGCGGUGGCAGCGAGCGAUGGCGGCCCCGGGCUGGGAGCGGGCGCUGCGGCUGGUGCUCUGCGCGCUGGGGCUGGCGCUCUCCGUGUACGCGCUGCACGUGGAGACCUCGCGGGAGCGGGACCCCGGCUACCGGGCCAUGUGCGACCUGAGCCCCUCCGUCAGCUGCUCCAAGGUCUUCACCUCCAGGUGGGGCCGUGGCUUUGGCUUGGUGGAAGAUCUCUUGGGGAAACACAGCGUCUUUAAUCAGCCCAACAGCUUAUUUGGCAUCGUCUUCUACAUCCUACAGACACUGCUGGGCUUCUCUCCCAGCACCCUGGCGGCCGUCACCCUGCUGGGCACCUCCAUGGUCUCCAUCGCCGGCUCGCUGUACCUGGCCUACAUCCUCUUCUUCGUGCUCCACGACUUCUGCCUGGUGUGCGUCACCACCUACCUGCUCAACGGCGCCCUCCUUCUCCUCAACUACAAGCGUCUGGUCUGCCUGAGCGGGAGCGGGCAGUGCCGCGCCAAGCCCAAGGGGCAGUGAGCGUGGCUGGGGGAGCCCCGGCCCAGCCCCCUCCUGGAACUCCAGUGGUGAUAACGAACCCUGUUUGUAUAGCAGCCGGGGGCCCAUCUAGCCUGGUAUCCUGCCCCCUCCCUGCCAAACCAGAUCCGACCCUGGGACCAUCACCCUUUACGCACAAACUGAGGCCAUUUCUGGCUUAACCAAAAUGCUGGUAUAAUGUGGGUUGAAAUGGUUACAUGGCACACGACUGUAUGAGACACACACACAGGAGUUCAGGUUUCAUCACCUUCAAUAGGGGGCAGAGCUGCUCUCACGCCACCUCAAUUCUUUCCAGCAGGGACCAGUUGCGUGUGUGAGGGAGAGUGAGAGACAUAUGACCCUACUGACAUCAAUGGAGGCGGGGCUGGAUUCUGAUCUUGAUAAACCCAGUGUGAAUGGAGUAAACAAGAACACAGUCCAGCCCUACGUAUCCCCCGGCUUGUACAUCCCCUGCUGCAACGACAGCGGUACUUUAGCUAACUGACCAGCAGGUGGCACUGUGCACCAAAUCAAUAGGCCCAUGCAGAGACCAGCUGGAGCUGUCUGUUUGCAGCUGAUUGUGUACAAAAGCGCAUUUUUGUGGCUGAAAUAAAGUCACUCUCAGCAACAGGCAGCUGGGUGUGUUUGGUGUCUCGUUAUUUAACCCUUUGGAAACUUGGGAGCCAGGCGAUGCAUAGAUAGUGGUGUCAGGCUAUAAAGGUACAGAGCAUUAGGAUGUGGUGAUAGGACAAGGGUUGGAUGUAGCCUGGUGUCCUUCCCUCUCCCUGGUGCCCCAGCUCAGAUCCAUGGACUGAGUAAAUCUGGUGUCCUGCUUCCAUCUCUGCUCGACAAUGGAUGGUUCAUAGGAAGAUGCAACCCCUCUAUGGUGCCUUGCUGAGGUGAGCCAUGAGCUCCCAGGGGGCUUCUUUCACUGCAGACCGAUCGUAGCAUCCAUGUUCAGUGUGCGUUUCACCUAAAUGCCGUCUCUGAGCUCUGCUUUUCUGCAGCGGCGAGUUCCACAGGUCAGCUCUGCUUGCCGCAGGGAUGCAUAGAGUUCAGAUUUCCCUACGUUUUAAUUUCACUGCCUGGGCAAUUGGGCCAGCGUGACCUUAAAUCUUCUGUUGCUGGCCGUAAUCCUAAACUGCGUGUCAGUGGGAGGGACUCUGAAGGUCUAAUCUGCCCUUCCCUUGAGUCUUUCCACCUACCAUCUCAAAGCAAUUUGCAAAUUCAAGUUAGUUAAUCUUCAGUGCCCCCGGUGAGAUGCCAUUAUGGUUGUUUAACACAUCAGGAAACAGAUACAGAAAAGGGAAGCGAUGUGCCCAAGGUUGCACAGUAGGUCAGUGGAAGAGGUGGGUGCAACUGUCUGUUAAGCCCUUCGGCAGAGGCAAUGUGUCAGGGGUGGGAUCAUGUCCCCCGCCCCCAUAUUUCUGCCAGGAUUUAUAUUUUUUGCAGGGAGUGGGUUCAAAAUAUGUGUGUGCAGUAGUUUAUUUCCAGACUUUCAAACCUUAACAUAACCAACGGGUGUCUUUGACCCUUCGCCUUAAUUGUUCUCCCAUGAUUUUCACUUUUUCAAAAGUCAGCAUGGCAUUCGCAAAUAUGUUCAUUAGGCCUUGGGAUUUUAUUUGGCUUUUUACUUAUUAUUCUGAAAAGCGGUUCAAGGACAGUCUACGUUUAAACUAAGUUAAUUUAAUAGUGUAUCUGUUAUUAGCUUUGUACAAUGGUGAAAAGACAACUAAGUUUGGACUUUUUCUACACUAAGAAGGCUAAAUUGCCCUGUGAUUAAUAAGCUCCAAUAUUAAUAUUAAAACUGUUU